CGCGUCCAACUAACCUGCCCACUUCGUCGAGCAUUCUGCGGCGAGGAUAAUUGCAGAGCCAUGUCGGUGAGGGGAAUCAGCGGCGAUGCGCACUUCUUCGAGGAGAGUGUCAACAUGGAGCGGAUCAAGAAGUUGCUCGACAACAAGACAGGCACGGCGGGCGUGUCGGAGAAACUGCAAGCGAUGAAGACGCUCUUGGCCAUGAUCUCCAAGGGCGAAGACGUGUCGCUGUUCUUUGCGGACGUGGUCAAAAACGUCAUCGUCAACUCGGUGGAAGUCAAGAAGAUGGUGUACAUGUACCUCGUGCACUACGCAGACGCGAACGCGCAGUGUCGCGAGCUCGCGUUGCUCUCGAUCAACUCGUUCCAGAAAGAUCUCGCCGACCCGAACCAGCUCAUCCGCGCGUUGGCGCUCCGCGUCAUGACGAGCAUUCGCGUGCGGGACAUUCUUCAGAUCCAGCUGAUUGCGAUCCGCAAAUGCGCGGGCGACUCAUCUCCUUACGUGCGCAAGUGUGCCGCGAACGCGUUGAGCAAGGUGCACUUGAUGGACAGUACGGACCAGAAGGAAGUGCUGGCGGAAAUCAUCUCGCUCCUGCUCGCCGAUUCCAGCACGAUGGUGCUCGGUAGCGCCGUGCAGGCCCUCAACGAGAUCUGCCCCGACCGCAUGGACCUGCUGCAUCCCGCGUUCCGCAAGUUGUGCCACCUCCUCGCCGACAUUGACGAGUGGGGCCAAGCCGUCGUGAUCCACGUGCUGACGCGGUACUGCCGUCAACAAUUUCAAAGCCCCAAACAGGAAGACACUCUCCCUUCCAAGCAAGGGAAUGCCGCCGUGAAGGAGCUGUUUCCCAAACGCAAGGUGAAGAAGGGCUUCUACUCGGACGAAGAGGACGAUCCCAAAGCCAAGUCGUACAGUUCCAACGGGCCCAAGACAUCAAAUCCAUUCCAUCUCGGUACCUCGAGCGGCGGCGGCGGCUUUGGCGCGUCCAAGGAACAUGUGCCAUCCAUCGGGUCAGUGUUCCGCUCGAACGACGUUGCGUCCGGCAUUGGCGGCGGCGAAGAGCUGGACGAGGACCACCGUCUGCUUCUCCGGUCGUCGAUUCCCCUGCUCAAGUCGCGCAACUCGGCCGUGGUGCUCGCAGUCUCGACUUUGCACUACUACUGCGGGACCCAAAGCUCCGCGACGUGUACCUUGUUGGGGAAAUCGCUGGUUCGCAUCAUGCGCAACCAGCGAGAGAUUCAGUUUGUGGUACUGUCGGUGAUCGCGUCCAUGGCGGCGGCGCGCCCCGACAUGUUUUUGCCGUUUCUGCAAGACUUUUUUGUGCGCGCCACCGACCCGAGCUACUCGCGGCAGCUCAAACUCAACAUCUUGACGGCUUUGGUCACAGAAGACACGGUCGCGACCAUCCUGCGCGAGUUCCAGGCGUAUGUCCGCCAUGUGGACAAGGGCUUUGUGACCAUGACGGUGCGCGCGCUCGGCCGUGUCGCCGAUGCGAUGCCGUCUGUCUCUGAAAAGUGCCUGAAAGGUCUGAUGCGUCUGGUGCGGUCCGUCCACGAGCAAGUGGUCGCCGAGAGCGUGGUGGUGAUCCGCCAGCUGCUGCAGCAACAGCAGCACGCCACGUCAUCGUCGUCAUCACUGGCCAACAACGCCAAGGUCGUGCGGUCGCUGGCCGCCAUGCUCGUGUCAGGCCGCGUGACGUCGCCGUUGGCGCGUGCGUCCAUCGUGUGGAUGUUGGGCGAGUUCGCGGCCGACGACCCCAUCUCCCGCGAGUCGUUGCGAUGUUUGUGCACUUCGUUUCCGGACGAAGCCGCCGACGUCAAGAUGCAGUUGCUGAAUCUGGCCGUGAAAUUGGCGCUCCAGGCCCCGGGCCACACCAACACGCAGCUGUGCUUGCAGUACGUGGUCGAGCUGAGCAAGUUUGACCUGGAUUAUGACAUCCGCGACCGCGCGCGACUCGUCCGGGCGGCGCUCAACCAGACGGCGCUCCAUCCGCACACGAUCUUUUUGGGCAAGAAGCCGGCGCCGCUGAUCGGCGCCUCGCACGACCAAGCGGCCAGUCGGUUCACACUCGGGUCGUUGUCGGAGAUUGUGCACCACAGCGUCACGGGGUACGUGCCGCUGCCGGCGUGGCGUGUGGAGAAGGUGGACAAGCGGCUGCGCGACGCGGUGGCGGACCUGCCGCCGUCGACGCGGGAUGUCGUGGCGCGUAGUAGCAGCACAAAGAGCUCGUCCAAGAAGGGGUCGGCCAAGAAGACCGGGGGGUUCUACAGCUCCAGCGACGACGAUGAAAGUGAAGAGAGUAGCGACGAAGACGAGAGUGAGGAUGAGAGUGAGGACGAGAGCGAAGAAGAAGAAGAGAGCGAAGAAGAAGAAGAGAGUGAAGAGGAAGAGAGUGAAGAGGAGAGUGAAGAGGAGAGUGAAGAGGAGAGCGAGCCGCUGCCGCCCCCAAAGCCCAAGAAGAAAUCGUCCAAGGCUGUUGCCGCCGUCAUGACGCCGCCGCCCAAACGCGCCGCUGCGCCAUCCUCGCCAGCGUUUCUAGAUCCGUUUGAUUUCUUGACGACGCCAUCCUCGGGCACGCACAUCAACUCAUCGAGCAUGCUGGCGGACCUGUCCAACCUCACGAUGAGCGCCGCGGCGCCGACGAACCGAUCGGUGCUCGUGUCCGACCCUGACGGCGUCGAGGUCGAGUACACGUACCUCCGGACACCGUCCAUGUACUCGCCGCACAUGAACGUGGUGCAGUGCUACAUCUCGAAUCACUCGACGACGCCGUUGGCGCGCAUCCGCGUGAGCGUCGACGCCAAGACGGCCAAGCGCGUGAUUCCGUUCCCAGAGGUGCCCGUCGUGUACCCCGGGAGUUCGUCCAUGGUCCAGCUGCACGUCGACUUUCGCGGAGUGCUCCAAGGUGUCCGAGUGACUGUGCACGCUGGGUUUGCCCAGCAAUCUGACGACGACGACGACCAAGACGGCGGUAUCCAAGGCGAGCUGGUGCCGACGAUCGGCGAGCUGCUUCACCCGUUUCACGUGAGUACAGACCAGUUUGUCCAGCUGUGGCAGCAGCACCAGACGCCGCUCGUGGUCGAGUCGCGGCUGUUCUUGGCCACGACGUUGGGGGUGCUCAUCCAGCAGCUCACGCACGCGUUGAACUUGAGCCACAUCAAUACGCACCAGUUGCAACCGUUUCAGCACCAGCAGCAGCAGUCGCCGCCCCCCGUGCAGCUGGUCGGAAAGGUCCGCUCGGACAAGGACGUGUGGAUGCUCGCGACGAUUGAGGUGAACUUGGCGGUCGGCAGCGUGCGGAUUCAGGUGGCGCAGACGACGCCCCAGUUGCCGCAGGCGCUGCUGGACGCCAUGGCCGACUUGAUUGCACACUCGAAAUAAGCAUAUAUAUCGAACGCCGUACAUUCUCUAUUGUCGAGUCGAUUCGAAAUUGAUCGAAUAAGUACCAAAUCGGCAGACAAUCGAUAUACGACCAAUCAAAACCCAGAUCAAGAAUCAAGUACCCAAUCAAAUUAUCCA